AUGAGUUCUCUUUCAUCUCCUAAUUACAUUGACAUUAAUGAAAGAUUUUAUUCACAAGACGGAAAAAAUCUCACCAAAGUCAAUGACAUAUCACCAUACAUCAGAAUAUCAGCUAAAUGUGAAUUGAUUUAUAAUAAAUGCUUUUAUAAACUAAAUUCAUUAAUUUCAUUUACGUUUGAAGAAAAUCCAAACUUAACAAUAAUUGGAAAAGAAAGCUUUUAUGAAUGCCAGAAUAUUACUAACAUUAAUUUAUCAUCAUGUAGUAAGCUUAAAAUAAUAUCCGGUUAUGCAUUUUAUAGAUGCUUAAAAGUUGCUGAAAUACUAUUACCAAGAGGACUUCUUGAAAUACAUACUUUUGCAUUUUGUGUUAAUGGAUUAGUAACAAAUAUUACAAUUCCAGCUUCUGUUGAAAUAAUUGGUCAAGAAGGAAUUUACGCCUGUAGAAAACUAGAAAAUGUUAUUUUUGAAGAAGGCUCAAAUUUGACUUCAUUAGAAGAUCAUGUAUUUGCCGAAACAGGAAUUACUUCGUUUCAAAUUCCAGAGAAGGUUUCAUACAUUCAUGGAUGGGCAUUUCAUGAUGGACAGUUAACAAAUCUUUCACUACAUCCUAACAAUAAUUAUUUAAUAAUUGAAAAUAACAAUAUUGUUUAUUCUUCAAAUAAAAGUAUUUUAUUCUUUAUUUGUAACAAAUCUUUCCAAACAUAUGAAAUUCCAAAUACCAUCACAACUUUAGGAGAAUAUUGUCUUUCAUAUUCCGAUCUUAAAUCAAUCACAUUACCUAAUUCAGUAACAACAAUAAGAAGUAAAUCCUUUACUAAUUCAAUACUAACAUCAGUCAUAAUUCCAAAAAACGUAAAAAGUAUUGGAGAUAAUGCUUUCUUUCGAUGCUAUAAUUUGAUAAAUGUUACAUUUUUAGGACAUUUAGAUUAUAUUGGUAGUGGAAUAUUUUGGGAUUGCUUAAAUCUUGAACACAUAAUCUUCCCAAAAUCAACGAUGAUUAUUAGUGCACAUAAUUUUAUUACAAUUGGUGUCUCUAAAGUUUGUAUCUCAUUAACUAACAAAGCAUUAUUUUCUUCAUUAUAUGCAAUAAGGAAAAAUACGAAUGUUUCAAUUUCAUAUUUAAACGAAUCAAAUCUUAUUAUUACUUCACAACUAUUUAUUAUGAAUUCAAAUCAAACAAUUAUCUAUGAAUUUUGGGGAUUUCCCAAAGAAUACUAUAAUGAUAUAAAAAUCCCUAAUAAUGUAACGACAAUCAAAGAAAGCGCAUUCGAAAAUUCUACAAUUAAAAGUAUUAAUUUUGAAUUAGGUUCACAACUUUCUAUAA